AUGACCUCAUCACCGACCCGGCGCAUCCGCCUUGUGCGUCUCGCCCACGUAUACUACUCACAUCGCGACAUUGCGAAAGCUCACCAGUUUCUCAAAGACUUUGGCUUUGAGGAGACUGGCAACUUUAGCAACAAAAUGUAUUAUCGGGGAACCGGCACUGAGCCUUUCGUCUACUGCGCUGUCGAGGGUCCUGAGGAUUCUUUCGGCGGCGCGGCGUUCGUUGUCGAAAGUUUCGAUGAUCUGACUUAUGCAGCGGAUACACUGCCGGAUGCUACCCCAGUCACCAAGAUGCAGAACGAGCCUGGAGGUGGUUAUAGGGUUACGUUCUACGACCCUGUGGACAAGUUUCCAUUUCACCUUGUGUAUGGGCAGAAGGAAGUAGAUCCGCUUCCCAAGUCUCUACCUGAGAGGGUUAUCAACUUUCCAACAACCAAGAAUCGGGCAGGCAAUACGUUUCAGAGAUUCGAGAAGGGCCCUGCGCCUGUCCACAAGAUGGGCCACUUUGGCAUGGUCGUGACCAAUUUUGAAAGGGCUUUUGAUUUCUAUACCUCCAGGUUCAACUUCAAACCUAGCGAUCUUGUUUAUAACGAGAGCGGUCACGAUAUCACAACCUUCUUGCAUCUAGAUCGCGGAAAAGAGCUUGUAGACCAUCACUGUUUCUUCUUCUUCGAGGGGCCAAAGAGUCAUGUCCAUCAUUCAUCUUAUGAGACGCAUGAUUUUGAUACGCAGCUUCUUGGGCAUCAUUGGCUUCGUGAGAGGGGAUAUGAGAACUGUUGGGGAGUAGGGCGUCAUGUUAUGGGAAGCCAGAUUUUUGACUAUUGGUUUGAUACGUCGGGCUUCAUCAUGGAGCAUUACGUUGAUGGCGAUCUGGUCGAUGAUACAUAUCCAACAAACCGACAGAAGGCAUCGCCCGAUAACCUCCAUGUCUGGGGCCCUGAUGUCCCGCCCACUUUCUUAUCCUGA